AUGUCCGAGAGGCAGGAGCCGACGGCUGGCUCCAAGAGCCAGCUCAAGAAGCAGGCAAAGAUGCUGCACAAGCAGCAGGCCAAGGCGGAGCAUGCCGCCAGAGGGCACAGCGCGAUGCUGCACGAGGCGCGGCGGCUCCGCGAGCGGCUGAACAGCGACGCGGCCAACGCGGUUCCGGACGCCGCCCUCUACCCGCAGCUUCCCCGCGCCUCCGCGUGCGAGCUCUUUGAGGCCGUCGGCGACGAGCUGCUCCAGCGCACCGCCCUCCUGCAGCGGCCCGACGGCGAGGAGGACGGCGCCGAGGAGGACGGCGCCGAGGAGGACGCGGCCUCGGCGCAGGCGCGGUCGUGCCGGGUGAUCGAGAAGUUCCUGUGGCGCGCGCAAAAGUACAACGACAAGUACGCCAGCCAGGAGCUCAGCCUUCUCUACCAACUCUACCGGCUCGGCGCGCACGACGGCUGCGACCUCGUCGUCGACAUCGGCGGAGGCAACGCAAACCUGAGCUGCCUGAUCGCCCUGGUGUUUAACGUGCCCGUCAUCUGCGUCGAGAUGGACUCGCCGCGCCCCGAACUGCGGGGCGAGUUCUGGCUGCCGCCGCACCUCAAGGCGGCGAGGGCGGCCCGGCGGGCGGCGAGGGCGGUCCGGCGGGUGGAGGCGCUCAUCCAAGACUACAGCCUGCCGGAGGGGUACAGCAACGUCCUCGUGCUCGGCAAGCACCUCUGCGGGCCCGGCACCGACGCCGGGAUCGACUUCGCUGCGCGCGCGAGCGAGGAGGCGCUGGGCCGAAAGCAGAGCGCGCGAGCCAAGGAGGCGGCGCGGCUCGCCGCUGCGAAGGACGAGGCGCGCGCCGCGGGCAAGCAGCUCUGCCGCCGCUUCCUCCGGUACGGCAGCUGCGAGGACGGGGGCGCGUGCCGCUUCCACCAUUGCGCCGCGGCGCCGCAGGGCGUGGAGGAGGACGGCUUCGGCUCCCUCUUUAGCAAGUACCGCGAGGAGGAGGAGCUGCUCUAUUGCGGCGACGACGUGCACAGCCAGCAGAACCGCUGUCUGGCGCGGGAGCGCUCGCCGGCGAGCACCUCCUACCUCUCCUCGCCCGGCUGCUCCCUUGCCCCGUCGCCCGCCGCGCCCUCGCCCGGCCGCCUCACCGCGCACGGAGCGCUCGGCUGCUCGCCGCCGCCUGUCUCUGGCACAGACGGAGCAGCGACCGCGCCAGCGGGCCGUGUGGUGUGUGACACUCUGUGA